UGACGGCGGACGGUCAGUGGCGGGACGGAGGUGAAAGGGAGAGUGUCGGGAGACGGUGGGCAGACGGACCCAGAGGACGGGAGCACACACACGGUGCGGGACAGGACGCGGUCAGGCCACUCACGAUGAAGCUGCGGAGUUUAGGCCUCGUGGCCGCGCUGCUGUUGCUAGGCAACGACAGCGCGUCUGCCGAGUGGGUCUGGGGCAGCCGCUCCUCCAAGUCCCUAAAAAACACCACCGACGUGCCGGUCACGGCAGCUUCCACUGUUGAAGCAGCGUCUCCACUUGAAGAACAGGUGGUGGAUGGUAUCAUUGGCGCCGAGGACACGUUCGUCGCCUUUACGGAGAAGCCGGACACUCUGCCGGUGGCCACGUUGGUCCAGGGAACCAGCGGAGACUUUGUCGCAGACCCAGUGGUGGAAGGCAGCGCUCGUCAGGCCAAGGUGAUCGCCGAGGAGACUUAUGACGAGAUCUACAGCGACCCCGAGGUGCAGGCCGCCCUGGAGGCGGGCAACGAGACCCAGGCGCGCACCUUUAUCAGAGAUAAACUGUGCUUCCUCGGACUGGUGGACUGCGAGGAAGACAUCCCUCCCCCUCCGCCGCCGCACCGGCCGUUCCUGCCGCCGCGGCCUCCCCCUCCGGGCGCCGUCCAGCUGGUGCAGCCUGUCCGCCUGCAGGCACACGGCCCUCCCGUGCAGGCGAUCCCGCUCGGGCCGGCGCCCCCGCCCGUGCUGCCGCCUCCUCACCCCCACGGCGGGGGAUACCCGGGACCGAUCAAGUCGCACUACCAGCCGCCCAAGCCUUCGUAUGGUGUCCCGAAGCCGAGCUACAGCCCGCCCAAGCCGAGCUAUGGGCCGCCGAAGCCGGCGUAUCACCCGCCGCCCAGCAAUGGAUAUGGACCUCCCAAAGGAGCGUACCCGGCUCCGGUUAACAGCCACUACAGCCCUCCCAAGCAUCACGAUAGCUACAGUAGUCACGGCGGUGGGCACGGCGGCCACCACGACGGGCAUCACGGCGGCCACGAUAGUCACGUGAGCCACGGCGGCCACGAUACGCAUAUUGUGAAGGAUCCUCACGAUCCUCACACUACGCAUAUUCAUCACGGCAACAAGCACGACAAUCAUGACAGUCACAAGAUCGUGGUCGCCGAUCCGAUUACUCCAGCUCCUGUGCAGACUCAUAUUCACACUCAUCACCACACGCAUAUCGAGCAGGGAAGGCCGGGCAAGUCGAUUGAUAUCGCUCUACCGGCCGGAGCCGGCGCUCUGCCAAUUUAUCCUCCUACUUACACUCCUCUGGAUGUCAACCGAGGUCCUCAGGCACCCGCUGGAGCCUUCAACACCCCCGGAGGCACCUUUGUGAACUCUAACUUGGGCAACACCGGCUUCAACAAGAUCGCCAACACGCGCCCGACUCCCAAUCUCGGCAACUCGGGACAGUUCGGACCUCGACCAGUGCCUCCGGCUCGUCAGUCCGUGAAUGUGCCGGCUAUCUCCAGCAACUUGGGUAGCCAGUUUUACAACGAGUACUGUGUCUGUGUGCCGCGCUAUGCGUGCGACGCGCUGGACAUCAUCACAGCACGCGCCGGGAGGGGAACUGGGGAUUUGUCGGCCAUCACUCCUCGGAGAGCCAACAGCUCCAUUGAUGCCGGUUCGGCACGGGUUGCCAAGAGCCUUCAGCCGGAGGAUAUUCUGGACCAGGUCAAGGAGGUCAUCUCUGAGGAGCGUCAAUCCUCCGCUGCUGCUGACAAGUCCGCAGCUCGCCGGCGGCGGGCAGCUCUGCCCCAGUCCAAGGAGGAGAAGCCCGAGGCGCAGGCUCGUCAGCUGAAGGACCCCCUGACAGGAGAGGUGCCGGAGGGAAGGCAGCUCGUCACCGACGCUCAGGGCCGCCAGCUGGGCUACCAGCCCAACUUCCGCGGCUGCGCGCACACGGACGUCUGCUGCCGAAACCCGAUCCCGGUUGGUCCGACGAACCGCCAGCAGCCCGGGCAGUGUGGGGUGGGACGGACAGACGCCGUCAACGGACGCAUCAAGAACUAUGACGUCAGGGAGGGCGAGACCGUGUUCGGCGAAUUCCCCUGGCAUACGGCCAUUCUGAAGAAGGAGGGAGCUGACAACGUGUAUGUCUGCGCUGGAUCUCUGAUUGGAAACGAGUACAUUCUCACUGCGGCUCACUGCGUCAAGAGCUACGAGCCGUACGCGCUCCGGGUUCGUCUUGGCGAGUGGGACGUCAAUCACGAGACCGAGUUUUACCCGCACGUCGAGAAGGACGUCUCAGGAAUCUACAUCCAUCCCGAGUUCUACGGAGGCAACCUCUACAACGACAUCGCACUGCUGAAGCUGGCCAGCCCCGUGAACGUGCAGUACAACCUGCACAUCGGUCCGGUAUGCAUCCCGCCCCAGUACGCCGACUUCACCAAUCAGAGGUGCUGGGUCUCCGGCUGGGGGAAGGACGCCUUCGGGCAGCACGGAAACUUCCAGAACGUCCUCAAAAAGGUGGCAGUGCCUGUGAUUGGUAACUACGAGUGCGAGCAGCGUCUGAAGCGCACCAAGUUGGGCUACGACUUCAAACUGCACGGUGGCUUCCUCUGCGCCGGAGGAGAGGAGGGAAAGGACGCCUGCAAGGGUGACGGCGGCGGUCCGCUGGUGUGUGAGCAGGCCGGCUCGUUCUACCUGGCCGGUAUCGUCUCGUGGGGUGUCGGCUGCGGCCAGAGGGACGUGCCCGGCGUCUAUGUCAAGACGACCGAGUAUCUGCCCUGGAUCCAGUCCAUCACUACGUACCGGCCCUUCACGGGCGUCCAGUCGCGUGCCAGGAAACCCGCCGAGGGAAUCGAGGCCGAAGACUACAUAGAGGUGGUCAAACAGUAGGGCAUACGAGUACACUCGCCUCGUACACUCGCCAGUGAACACUAGAGUGGUGGACGUUUUGCCAGAAACUGUGUUUUGCGGACGAAGUGUCAGUGUGGACGGGAAAAGUCUUAAAACGUUGUCGCAGACGGAGAAGCCAGGGUUAAGAUGAAGCUGGACGGGUGAUGAGUGUGCUAACAUUGUUGUGACAUAAUAUUCGAACAGGGACCAGCGAUUGGGAAUCAUACGCUUUCAUGUUUAGCGCGUGAAAGUUUCAUCCAUCGAGGAAGUUGAGUGAUGAUCAUGUUAUUCAGCCAAACUCCACCCCCAGGCGCCGUCUCCCAAGCGACCCCAUUGUUGUUCGCUUCGAAAGGAGCCAGGACUGUAGUGCACAUUGUAACAAUAUUUAUUGUAUGUAUACGCCCUUGCGUUCCGUGUGUGUUUGCUCAUGUAAUAAACAUGUCUCGAAAA